AUGGAUACUUACAAAAUUUAUAAUAAUAAUAAUAUAAAUUUUUGGUAUUAUUUAAAAACUAAUGGUGAUAGAAUUGUUGGAACAUGGGCAGAUAGUAGUAGUACAUUUAUACCAAAUAAUAAUAUCAAUAAUAGUGGUGGUGGUGAUGGAGAAGACUCAAAUGCCAGAGUUGGAUUGGCAAUAGCAUUGUAUAUAAUUGUAUUUUCAAUAUUAUUUUUAACAUUAAUAAUUUCAAAAAAGAUAAUAAAGAUAGUUAGACAUACUGAAGUUAUGAUCAUUGAAAGAUUUGGUAGAUAUCAUAGAAUUUUAAAUCCUGGUAUACAUAUUUUAGCACCUUUUAUAGAUUCACCAAGAGUUAUACAUUGGAGAUAUGUUGAUUUACCUGUUGGUGCAAAGAAAACUCAAGUCAUGAUUCAAAAUACUGAUAGAAUCGAUAUGAGAGAACAUGUUAUUACAUUUGGAAGACAACAUGUUAUUACCAAAGAUACCGUUCAAAUUAAUAUAGAUGCCCUAAUGUAUAUUCAAGUGACAGAUCCAAUGGCAGCUGUGUAUUCAGUUCAAAAUUUACCAGACUCUGUUGAAUUGUUAGCACAAACUACUCUACGUAAUAUUAUUGCAACAUUGACAUUAGAUGAUACAUUCUCAUCGAGGGAAUUCAUUAAUUCACAAUUGAAAGAACGUACAAUGAAAGAUGCUGAAAGAUGGGGUGUCACUAUUAAACGUGUCGAGGUAGCUGGUAUUAGACCUCCAAAAGAUAUUAAACAUGCAAUGGAGAUGCAAAUACAAAGAGAUCGUGAAAAGAGAUCCGUUAUACUCCAUGCUGAAGGUGAAAAAGAAAGUAUGAUUGUAAAAAGUAAAGGUUUGGCUGCAAAGGUCGUACUCUCUUCAGAGUCUGAUAAAACUGUAUCCAUUCAAAAUGCUAAAGGUUUUGCUGAAUCCAAACGUUUAAAAAGUCAAGCUGACGCCGAGGUAAUUCGUCUCAUUCGUAAAGGUAUUGAUAAUUCAAAUGUUAGUACAACUGGUUAUUUGGUUAGUUCAAAUUAUUUAGAUAAAUUAUCUCAAAUUCCAACUUCUGAAACUCAAUUAUAUUUAUUACCAGAAACUUCUUUUAAUUUUGCAACCUCAAUUUCAAAAUCUAUUAAAAAUGAUUAA